AACAGAUCAGAGUAGAACAGCUGAGAAUUGUGAAGGAUAUUAUCGACCAGGAAAUCAUUCCUGAAUUGCCAUCCGGUGUCCGUCUCAAAAUACCAUAGAAUAAAAGGGAACUGUUAUUUUGUUUCCUUUUCUAUUACCACGCUCAGGCGAAAUGGCACGGGGGAUUGAUCGAGAUUCUGAUAGGAAAAAAAGUGUGUCGGUCCCAAGAACUCAAGAAGGAGGUUUAUUCACCUUGAAAAUCGAUCGAAGUAGUAGGACAGAAGUGAAGCCUACCUUUUAACCACCUCCACGGAAGGCCCGACUUUUUUCACCAUAAAAGCAUCGAAUCCGAUCACCGCCAGUGAAUUAAACGAAAGAUAAGAAAAAACAACUGCUAAUCGACCAGAACGAGUUUUCGCGACUAAAUCAUCAAUAAGCAAAGAAACAUAAACAAGAAAACUCAAAAAAUAAUAAUAAAGACAGUUCCCACUUUUUGGCUCCCAUCAGCCAUAAACAGUGAGAGAUUACAAGAGGUGCAAAACGUGUACAGAAACCUGAAAACUGUUUUUAAAAAAGUUGACAAAAGUUCACAACAAACUUUCAACGAAAAAGCCAAAAAAGAAAGGAAACACCGAAAAACUCGUCACAAUCUCUCUCUCUCUCUCUCGUUCUCCCGAGAUAGAUCCAACGAGGGAAGCCAAGUUUUUCAGUGCCACGUUUCCUAAAGACAUUUUAUUUUCACUUUGGGAAUACCAGCUUCCAUAAGAACAUUCUCUCACAUAAAAUAACAAAAAAAAACAGAAAAAAAUUUUUAUUUUUCCUCAAAGUGUCCUUAAUCCAAAUAAAGAAAAUUCUAAACAAACUAGAACAAAUGAAAAAAAAAAUAAACAACUAAACAUUUUGUUGCACGCAAAAAAGUGUAAUGAUUAAGAUAUAAAUCAAUUCUAAAUAACUAAAAAUGAGUAGAAAAAUGGCACGAGUAGUUUUCCUGUUUCUCCUCAUGUGGACGUCGAUCGAUAACUCAAAGAGUUCUACAGACGCCGGUCCAAACUCUCCAGUCUUCAAUUUGGACCACACAGCCCUGGAGAAGAACAUUGCAGCGAUUUUCAACAAAGUUGCUCAUAGUUCAGCAACGACGAAACGCAGCGUGCCAGCCUACGAAGCACAGGUCUCAGCCUCAACCACCCUUUCCACUGUUCCCUCCCCACUGACAACAACAACUGCAAAAUCAUCAACGUCCCUAUCUCCCACCACCCCCUCAAUCCCCUCAAUGAGAAACCCAAUUCCCCGUGCAACAGUCUCGCCCCCUUAUCGCGAAUUACCCUCCUAUGCUCCCCCGUCAAGAGCUCCAUUCACUCCGCCUCUUCCUCCAGAAUAUCUGAAUCCGUUUGCAGAUAAGCCAACUCUUCGCGGGACUAACUCAGAAAACUAUUCCGGCGUAAGAAGACCAAUUCCUCCACCUAGUUUGACUCCAGCACAUGAGAGGAUCCCCAUAAGACCACCUGAUCUGCUUCACGCGCCUAUUCAGACACCUGAAAAGCCUCCAUCACGAAAUAAAGCAUUGAACACUCCGAGUAAGGAGCAGAGGGUGCCAGAGCCUUCGGGGGAGAUUGAGAGAAAGAACAAUAGUAAUGAUUUCGUUCCAACUCUACAUUAUCCCAGCAUUUCCAGAAUCCUUUCUGGUAGUAAUGGAAGGAAGCAGGAUAUCCCGGAGAUAUUAUUAAAGCCUCUAUCCACAAAAACACCAAUGACCAAUGUUCCCGCAGCUUCUACAACAGAGAGAAGUACUAGUACGACAUCUAUGACGAUCAGAACCACUAGUAUAGUGAGAUCAGUGACAAGACCUACUAUUUUUAAUCUGCCAAACACAAGGAGACAAGAGCCUGGUGAUAACAAUGGAAAUAACAGCGAGGACGACGAAAAGAUGGAGGAAAUAGAGAUUGUCGAUGCGGAGAGACUACCUUAUCCCCAGCCUCAACCCCCUGCUCCAUCAAAAAGACCUAUCGAUCACAAUCACAUUGUUCCUCAUGCUGACAGUCACCACCCCCUAGAGAACACAUGGAGAAUCGCCUGGUCCCUUCACGUCUACAUAGCCGCCAUUAUGUUCACUCUCAUGGCCCUCUACUCUAUCUACAAAAUUGUGAGAUUCAACGAAGCCACCAACUUAUUGACUCAAUCUUAUUUUCUUACUGUUCAUCUACUUUUAACGACAGUCUGUACACUCAGGUGCUUUCACCUGUUCUACGAUGCUUACAACCUUGGAAAAUCGUUGUCAAAACCAUUGUCACAGAUACUGAUGUAUCUGCCAGCUCCAUUGCUGUCCACAGCAUUUGCCACAUUAGUUCUUCAUCUGGCUAAAUGCUCCGAGGCUCCAUCAUUGAAUAACAAAUUUCUAUCGCCAAUGACACUGGGAUUAUGUUCAAUGAUCCACAUUGUACUCUGCCUCUCCCUACAUGUUUCCACUCACAUCCUAGGGUACGAAGAUGACGCCAGGAUUUUACCCUUAGUCUGCCAGUGCAUUUACAUAGUGGUUUGUGUUACUCUUGGACUAUGCUACAUGUACGUCUAUAGAGUUGUGAGAUCUCAAAUCAAUCUAACGACUAAUAAAUCGGGGGGCUCACAUGUUACCAGUGAUCCAACGACGGUGGCCCUAGGUACUGCCAUUACCACCACAAUAGCAACAGCGUUGCUCUUCAUUCUGAUGGGUUUCGUUCAACUGUAUGGAAUCUUCGGUGUGCAAGAGAAGGCUCAGCCUUAUCCAUGGCUCUGGUGGGGCUGGCAAUUUUCGGUGAGACUUAUCGAGCUUUCCAUGUGCGGAUUACUCGCAUGGGUCGCUAGCCUCUCGCAGUAUCCCCUGAGAGAAAAGCAAAUGCAACAACAUUCUGCUCACUCUGGAUUCGCCCUCUUCCCAUGUGGAAGCUCCACUAGCACUGAGAAUAUGGACGAUGUACUGUAUCCAGCAAUUUGUAGCACCAAUCAGGCUAUUCAGAAUUAUACCAUGAGAACUGGGAAACAGGUAUAUGAUGACAGUUUUCCAUUAAAUACAUUACCUGAGCACUUGAAUAUUUCGGGCACAUUUGAGAGGCACUCGAUACGAAAGAGCGGAACCAUGGGGCAUUUUCCACAUGAGGGGAGGGGAUCGUUGAAUCGACAUGGCAAUGGGGUCCAAACACUGAGGGGCUCGGAGAACAGGGGAAGGCAUACGCCACAGGGGCUGCACGAGCAGGCCCCGGCGUCCGGCUCCACCAUGCUGGUGGCUGAGGACGGAUUUGUUAGGUUUAGAACGCUUGGAGCCGAGGAGGAUGAGAUGAGCGAUACACAAAGUAUUGCAGGAACGCAUGGUAGGGGAGGUGGGUCAUUGGCCGGCAGUGUGAGGUACAGUGCCAGGCAUAAUGCUGCACAGCAUCAUGCACAGCAGCACCCGCACCAGUAUCAGCACAUGCACACGUUACAGCAUCCUCAUGAUAGACAGCAUAUUCAGGGACAUCAUCAGAGUCAUCAUCAGUUGUAUAAUAACACGUAGAAGGGGGAAAAAGUGGCACGCGUUGAGUGGAGAGCGCCUGUGCCAAUUGUUGGAAACCUUUUCCCUGCAACCACCAGACACGUCAUAGUACGAGCUGAUCAGUCAACUAAAGCAACUACUAGCAGUACUCUGUCCAUCCGACGUACUCAAUUUGAAGAGAUAAUUUAAUAUUAAAUUUAAGUGUAAUAUAUUUUCAAAUGUAUAAAAUGCGAACGAUUUAAGUUUAAGGAGAUUAAUGAAAUAAUGCCCGCCGCUCUCGGCCCCGCUGCUUGAUAUCCAUUCCCCCUAUUAACAAAAAUGGGGAAACCAAAUUGAGUCCAAAUAACCGCCAAGUACGAAUUUUCGAUUUUAUGAAUACUCCGGAACUAUUGAAAUCGUCAAAUAAAAUCGAAAAUUGUAUUACUGAAUAAAGCCGUAUAGCCAAGGAACAUCGUCUACAUUUUCUUAUCUUUAAAUAUGGAUAGUGUAUUGAAGCUUUGAAUUUGAAUUCCUAUCUUGGGCAAUCGGUACUUAAAUCCACGGUCCUUGUGAUUUUUAAAUGAAAAAGAAAUAACUACAUAAUAAAUGCAUGAACAUAAGGAAACAUAAAUGAAAUUGAUGUAAAACAGUGAUUGGAUGUGCCCUAAUGACAUAUGACGAAUGAAGAUUUUCAUCACAGUUACAGGAAUCUUGUCGCAUAACUUAUUCUUCAAUUCAUUGGAAAACGAUACGUGAAGUGUAUUUUAAUUUCUUAUUUAUUGCGCAUUUGAUUUAUUAGUUUGUAUCAUAUAUUUUUCAUCUUCGAAGUAAUCUGUUUUCAAAGAGAAACAAUGAAACAUUCAUAUAUUUUUAAAACAGAGGGAUAUCGAAAUGAGAGAGGUGAGUUUAAGAAUUCCAAACAGAAAUUUGGCCAAUUGCUGUGAAAUUAAUGGAUUUAGAGGAAAAUAUCAAAAUAGCCAUCACGAAAUUUAAGCAAUUCUCAAAAGGAAAGUUUUCUUGGUCAUUUUUCUGUAAAACCAUUUUCUUUCCUUGAAAUUUGCAAAUGAUCUAGGAAUAAUCUUUAGCCUCAUAUGUUUUUGCUAAUUUCCUAUGGAAACAAUGAAUUGUGUUAUAAAGUUGACCACUGGGUCCAAUACACAAUUAGAAAAGCAAUUCCAGUGAGUAAUCAGCCAAGCUGGAAAUUAUACACUCUUAAAAACCAGUUUUCAACAUCAUUGGUCAAUGAAUUUUUUUUAAUGAAAGAAAAAGGAUAAAGAAAUUGUACAGUCGAUAUUGAAUUAUCGUUGAGUCCUUAAAAAUGUGAGACUUAGUUAGUUCGUAAGGAUUACGAGCUUAAGUUGUCCAAUUGUAUACGUUAAGGAACAAUUUAUUAGUCUAAGUUUUAUGUAAAGCGACGAAGACAGAAAAAAAGGUGAAGAGACGUUUUAAAUGUUGUAGAAAUAUCAACACAAAAAAUGUACCAGAAGACUGCAAUUUGAUGAAUGACAAGAAGUUAUCGAUUAUUAUCAUACUUCACGCGAACAUGGCCAGCCUAUCUUUGUAUUUUAAGAAUAUUGUGGUACAAACCUGAAGGCAAUUAUCAUUUUUCAAUGCCAACAAUUGUAAAUGAGAUCAAUUAGGAUAUUGAAUUAUUGAAUUUUUUGUUCAAAAUUUCUAUAGUUUAGCGGUAAAAAAAUUUGAAGAUAGAUUUUAAACGCCUUUAAAAAUUAUUUUGCAGACAUCUUCCCAAGAAAAAGGGUUAGACAAAAUGGUUAUGAGACCGCUUCGAAAACCUUACAAAAUACUAUAAUAGUUUUUUGGAAUAAAGUCCCAUAUAUUUACAAAAUGAACAGUCUGGAAUUUUUAAAUUUAUUUAUUCGGUUUAUUAUUCUUCCUUUUUACCGCUUAACUACAGAUUCUACGAUGGAAUUCAUUAUUUUCUAAAUUAGCAAACGUCCAGAAAAUAAAAGGCGGAUAUUCAUAGAAAUUUGUACAUUACAAAAUUGUGAUUUUUUUUAAUUUCUUAAUUUAUAUAGGUAGAAGAAGAAUGUAUUUAUUACAUUUAUAUAUAUUUUUUUUCAAUUCGUUGGAAAACUGCCAGUUGUCGUUUAUGAUUCGAUUGUGUUCCUCCGUAUUUUGGAAACUCUUUUUCUUUUUAUCCGGGUAAUCAGUAAUCCUUUCCAAAAAUUUCUAUGAAAUUAAACCAUUUUACCCCA